AUGUCGGGGGGUCGUGAGCAGCAGCAAGGUUAUUACAACCAGUACUAUCAGAACUUUCAGCAAAAGCAAGGUGGCAAUCAACCGUAUUUUCAGCCAUACAAUGCUCAACAGGCAGGCAGCUUCCAACCAGGAGGGGAGAUGAGCACUCAAGGUCAUCAACCUCAGACGUAUGGCAACCUCGGAUAUCAGAACUACAGCCAAGGCGAUGAUGUCUCCAAAGGUAACAACUACUACAACAAUGGGUAUAAUCAAGGCUAUGACGCCUAUCAAGGUUAUGGCUCGAACUAUCAAGGUUAUGGGCAAAAUUACGGUGGUGCUCAGGCCCCACAAGGCUUUCAGGCUUAUGAUCAGGGCGCACAGCAGUCCCAAGGUAUGACCUUGCAAGAUUUUCAAAAUAAACAGAGCAAUGCGGCCCAGCCAAAGGCUGCAGCAAAACCUAAAAAGACUCUAAAACUUGCGUCCUCUUCUGGAAUAAAGUUAGUCGGUGCGACUAAGAAGCCAGAAGCUUUGGGGAAGAAAGAAGCAGGGAAAGAUGAUGCCAAGGAUGAAGCAGAGGUUUCUAAUAAGAAAGACGUUGAACCAGAUAGCGAGGAAAUCUCUCAGAAAGAAAGUAACCCUCUUCCAAAAGUUGACCAGUUGAAAAUAAGUGAAGACGCUCCAAAGAAGGCAAAGGACACACCACUACAAGGUCAAACCAAUUCGUCUGAUGCCAUCAUUAAAGAACAAGAAGACGAGGUAGAUGAAGAAAUUGUGCAAGACAUGUUCGGUGGUAAAGAUCAUGUUUCUAUAAUUUUCAUGGGACACGUUGACGCCGGGAAGUCUACCAUGGGUGGUAAUUUGCUAUAUCUUUCAGGUUCUGUCGACAAAAGAACAAUCGAAAAGUACGAGAGGGAAGCUAAAGAUGCUGGGCGGCAAGGUUGGUAUCUAUCCUGGGUUAUGGACACCAAUAAAGAGGAACGUAACGAUGGUAAGACUAUCGAGGUUGGAAGGGCUUACUUCGAAACUGAGAAAAGGCGCUAUACCAUUUUGGACGCCCCUGGCCACAAAAUGUAUGUUUCUGAAAUGAUAGGCGGAGCCAGUCAGGCCGACGUUGGUAUCCUUGUGAUUUCUGCCAGAAAAGGUGAAUAUGAAACCGGUUUUGAAAAGGGUGGACAGACUAGAGAGCAUGCUCUUCUGGCGAAAACUCAAGGUGUGAACAAGAUGAUAGUCGUUGUGAACAAAAUGGAUGAUCCAACCGUAAACUGGGAUAAAGAACGUUACGAUCUUUGUGUGAAGAACUUAUCCGCUUUUUUGAAGGCCAUUGGAUAUAACGUCAAGCAGGACGUCGUAUUCAUGCCAGUCUCGGGUUACACGGGUGCCGGACUGAAAGAACAUGUGAGUGCAAAGGACUGCCCUUGGUACCAGGGUCCUUCUUUGUUGGAAUAUCUGGAUGGAAUGAACCACGUCGACCGUCAUAUAAACGCUCCAUUCAUGUUGCCCAUCGCUUCAAAGAUGAAAGAUCUCGGGACCGUAGUAGAGGGCAAAAUCGAAUCAGGUCACAUCAAGAAGGGGGGCAGCACCCUCCUCAUGCCAAACAGAAUCCCUGUUGAGAUCACGACCAUCUAUAAUGAGACCGAGAAUGAGGUUGAUGUGGCCAUUUGCGGUGAACAAGUGAGAUUACGCUUGAAGGGUGUUGAGGAGGAAGACAUUAUGCCGGGCUUUGUACUAACUUCUCCAAAAAAUCCAGUUAGAAAUAUCACGAGAUUCGUUGCCCAAAUCGCAAUCGUUGAGCUUAAAUCUAUCAUUUCUGCUGGCUUUUCUUGUGUUAUGCAUGUUCACACAGCGAUCGAAGAAGUUACUAUCAAGCGUUUAUUGCACAAACUAGAGAAAGGAACGAACAGAAAAUCUAAGAAGCCCCCUGCUUUUGCCAAGAAGGGCAUGAAAAUCAUUGCUGUCAUCGAGACUGAAGAACCAAUAUGUGCUGAGACAUAUGAUGAUUAUCCUCAACUUGGAAGAUUCACGUUGAGAGACCAAGGAACGACCAUUGCUAUUGGAAAAAUCGUCAAGCUAUUGGAUUGA